AUUUCGAGUCUACUUUGGCUGUCCCAGUUACAUCGCAAGGGCUUCGUGUCGUGUCUUCCUGUCGGUCUGUUUCAGCUUCAACCUCCGCUACCUCACACUAUAAUACCAUCAUAUUCCCACGUAUCAAUCUUUGCAGAACACUUCCAAAAUGGUGCAUCUUACUAUCAUCCCCAAGGAGGACGAGAUCAGAGACGGGCUCGACAUUCCACUUACGGGCGCCCUCAAGGCGGUUCAUCUUCAGCUCGCCAACGAUGAAGACCGUUUCACUACGAGCGUGUACGGCUCAAAGUUCGCCGCCGCCGACCUACCCCGCCAUGAAAUGCCCGAUGAGGAGAUGCCCAAGGAAGUUGCUUACCGCAUGAUCAAGGACGAGCUGAGCCUGGAUGGCAACCCAUUGCUCAACCUCGCCUCGUUUGUUACCACAUACAUGGAGGAAGAAGCUGAAAAGCUCAUGACCGAGUCCCUCCCCAAGAACUUCAUCGAUUACGAGGAGUAUCCCCAGACGGCCGAUAUUCAGAACCGCUGCGUCUCCAUGAUUGGCCGCCUCUUCAAUGCUCCAGUAAAGGAUGCGGAGGCUAGCAGCGCCGUCGGAACAUCGAGUGUUGGCUCUUCUGAGGCCAUCAUGCUCGGUGUCCUUGCCAUGAAAAAACGUUGGAAGAACAAGCGCAUUGCCGAGGGAAAGCCCGUUGACAAGCCCAACCUGAUCAUGUCAUCCGCCGUCCAGGUCUGCUGGGAAAAGGCCACUCGUUACUUCGAAGUGGAAGAGAAGUUCGUCUAUUGCACACCCGACCGCUACGUCAUCGAUCCCAAGGAGACGGUCGAUCUGGUGGACGAGAACACCAUUGGUAUCUGCUGCAUUCUUGGCACAACAUACACUGGCGAAUACGAGGAUGUCAAGGCAGUCAAUGACUUGCUUGUGGAGAGGGGGCUGGACACACCAAUCCAUGUGGACGCCGCCAGCGGAGGUUUCGUUGCCCCCUUUGUCGUACCCGAUUUGGAAUGGGAUUUUAGGCUGAAGAACGUUGUAUCCAUCAACGUCUCUGGCCACAAGUACGGCCUCGUCUACCCCGGUGUCGGUUGGGUCGUCUGGCGUUCUGCCGAGUACCUUCCCCAGGAACUGGUUUUCAACAUCAACUACCUCGGUGCAGAUCAAGCCUCCUUCACCCUGAACUUCUCCAAGGGUGCUAGCCAGGUCAUCGGCCAGUACUAUCAGCUCAUCCGUCUCGGCAAGCACGGCUACCGCGCUAUCAUGUCCAACCUGACGCGCACAGCUGACUACCUCGCUGAAUCGCUUGCCGCUCUUGGCUUCAUCAUCAUGUCACAAAAGUCUGGUCAAGGCUUGCCUUUGGUCGCAUUCCGUCUCAAGGAGGAUCCGGACCGUACCUAUGAUGAGUUCGCUCUUGCCCAUCAACUUCGUGUGCGCGGAUGGAUCGUCCCCGCGUACACCAUGGCGCCCAAAACGGAAGGGCUGAAGAUGCUCAGAAUCGUUGUCAGAGAAGAUUUCUCUAGGAACAGGUGUGAUGGGCUCAUCAGUGAUAUCAGGUCGUGCCAAGGUAUACUUGAGCAAAUGGACAAGGAAACUGUCAAGAAGCAGCAGGAGUUUAUCCACAAACAUCAUGUUGUAAGCGGGAAGGCAUCGCACAACCAUCCUAAAUAUCACAAGGAGAAACACUCGUUGCAGGGCAAGACGGGGAAGACGCACUCUAUCUGCUGA